CGGAGACAAAACCAUGUGGCCUGGCGGAGACACUAAGUGCUCGAAAAUGCUGAAGGCUUCACUCUGAUCUCUGACUCCAAGGAUUUCGGGUGUGUUUUGAGGAAUCGGUCGAGAUCGAGAACACGUUUUCUACGAUCCAAUAAAAUCGUAAAAUAGUGAUUUCGGUUGAAAUCGUUAGAUUGGUUCGUCCGUCAACUCUUCGACGUUCGUUCGUUCGUUCGUUCGAUAACACGUACCGUGACGUGACGAUCGUAUUUAUCGUUAUGCUUCUAUUUACGAUAUCGAUACGAAACUAAACAAGAAAUAGAUCGAAAAGUUAACGAUGAGCGUUCGUUGAUGCGCGUUCGUUGACGGUUGAUAAAUAAAAAGUACUGUGAAGUCUGUGAGUGAUAAGAAUUUUAUAUGAAAAGUUAAACGCAUGGAUGAGUGAAAAAGUGAUACUACCAACGGAUUUGCGAAAGGAUUUGGAGUAAUAUCAACAAUAUUUUGUAUUUUUCUUUUUCACGAUGAGUAAGUUUGAGUAGUAGGUAUACAAAUCGAUUAAAAAUUAUAUAUAUAUAUGUAUAUGUAUAUGUAUAUAAUUAGUAAUAUAAAAAGACAUAUAUAACGUGGAAAAAGAUUCUUGUGAAUCAAGUUGGACUUGAAAUGAUGACCCUCGUAACCGAUACCGUCCCGUACGCGUACGACAGCGUAACCAGCAGGUCGAGUUACGACGCUUAUCGACAUCAUCAUUUACAUCACCAUCAUCAUCAUCAUCAUCGUCAUAGACACAUCUAUGCGUCCACGGAUAACGAGUAUCUUUCGAGUUACAUUGGCAAGAGAGACACGGAGGAACGACAGAUGAGGAACGUCAACGCCGAUAACAGUUUGGCGUCGGUCAGCUCCGCUCAUUUUCGUCAUGAAAACGUCAGUAGGACACAGUCUCGAUACAUCCUAGACUCGGACGAUGCUUCGUCCGUUGUUUCUGCAGACGCCUCGGCGGAUCUCGAAUCGCCAUCGGCGGACGGAGAAGAAACGAACGAGAGUGAAACGGUCGAGCACGUGCCACAUCCACACGUUUUGGACACGGGAUCGCCUCACGGUCCACGAAGAUGUCUCCUUUGGGCUUGCAAAGCUUGUAAAAAGAAAACCGUAACCGUCGAUCGUAGGAAAGCUGCCACCUUGCGUGAAAGAAGACGUUUGAGAAAGGUGAACGAAGCUUUCGAAGUUUUGAAACGAAGAACGAGCAACAAUCCGAAUCAACGUUUACCGAAAGUGGAGAUCCUUCGAAAUGCAAUAGAAUAUAUUGAAAGCUUAGAAGCCUUGCUGCAGGGCAACCGAUCUUCCGGUUCGCAGGAUCAUGUGUCCAUGGAAAAUAUGAACGGGGAGUCUCCGCAAUACGUGACGGACAGACUUCGACAAUUCUCGGAUCCCUUGGCAAGGUUUCAACCAAUUAACGGAUUCGAGCAAGUCGAAACGUCGUCUGGUCAAGGUAACGGAAGCAGUUUGGAUUGUCUGAGUAUGAUCGUUCAAAGUAUCAAUGGACCGGCACAAGCUCCGAUGGAGAGUCAUUACUCGUCGCAUCAUUAGGAUUAAGACAGUAUUAACGGAGACUAUCUGGAGCUCGAAAAGCUCGACGCAUCGAAGCAACGUUGAAAAGUAUUCAUAGAGAUUUAGCGAUAAGAAAAGUCGAAGGUCGAAUUUAACUAUUCGAUUCAGAUCCCAAAGAAUACGGAUAAAAAUGUAUCGAUCAGAAUUAUCCGAUUAAAGUUAAGUACAACUGUAUACGUUGCCGACUCAAAAACCGUGGAGAGAAAGUUGGUGGGUAUAAACGAUGCACAACUUUCACGGAUGCUGCUAAUUCGCGAGAUUAACAUUUUUUUUUUUUUUUUUAACAAACUUCCGUGGGAUGCGAGUAGUACGAGGUAGCUCGUUAAAUUAACUCCAUUCUACGAUAAAAAUGUGUACACAAUUAGAUUUGUAUUUUCCGAGAUUGUGAGCUUCGUCUUUCUCUCUUCUUUUUUUUUUUUUUUUUUUCGUUGAAAAUACCUAUACAUUUUCUACGUAGUUUAGUAUAAGACGAAAAAAAGAACAAAAAGUAUAAAAACGUACAACGAGAUCGUCGCGUGUUCGACAGAACGUUGGAAUCUUUUAUUUUCUAGUCCCAGAGAAGGUAUUUGUCUAAGUGGUGCAAGUACGAAAAAUAUAAUUAGAAAAUUUUUCCGACACUAUCAGAGAGAGAGAGAGAGAGAGAGAGAGAAAGAGAGGGAGAGAAAGAGAGAGAGAGAGAACGAGUUAAUAUUCAAUUAGAUUUUUUCACAAAGCACCUCGAUUACAAACAAAUAAAUUUAGCCGCACCUCAUUAUUAUUAUAUUUCAUUAUUAUUUUUCGUAAUUAAUAGACGAUCGUACGUUUGUUGGUACCAAAGCCAUUAUUUUUAUGAACGUUCCAAACGUGAAUAAUGACCGACCUCGUCUGCAAACGAUGCGAUGGAAUGACCAGCGAGAAUGGAAAAACAAUUAUCGCGAAAUUUUAUCGUAAAAGCGUAAUGGAUGAGCGUCACCGGUUGAAAGCAUAUUUCUUGAUUUUCGAUCGCCCCGAUAUUUCGCCAUUUUGAAUUAGCGUCGUUUAUAGAGAUUAUUAUUAGACACGUUUAUUUUGAACGUUGUGACACAAUUCGACUUUUCUUCUUCCGAAAUUUUAAAGAUUUACGUUUCCAUUCGAGCAGUUUAUGUCUUAUCGAUUUAAAUCGAUUUUUAUUCGUCGUAAAAAACGACGAAUUCUCUCUCUUUCUCUAUGUAACUGAAAGAAUUUUGUGUACGAGAAUAUAAUGGUACAACGGUAUGUACGGUUUAUGUAUGUACACUUUUAUUUUUCUCUUUCAAGAUACUGUAAAUACGGUGAUUCAAUAAAUGUAUCGUUGUAAAAAUGGAAAGUCCCGACUUUCCUAUAUUCCAAGUUUUUCUCAUAAUCCUCCCUUUUUUUCGACGUAGUUUUACUAUUAAUUCCCUUCAA